AUGAGAUGCGGUUUUAUAUUCCGUGAGGCGGCUAGAUCCAUUUCAAAUUUGACCUGGGGUCACGACCAGAUUGUGGCAAAAUCUAUUGUGCUCUGGGUUUGGACCCAUCAGGCCCAGAAUCUCGACGUAGAUCAUCCACUUCGAUGCACUCGACAUUCGUUUGCUGAUUACGAUGAAUCUCCACCGACCCAUUUCUAUCACCUCCCUCGCUCCCAGCCCCACGAAACACCCAUUCUAGCACGGCAUCGUCGCCGAAAUGUGGAGAAACGCAGUGCGGAGCCUUGCACUGCACCCGGUCCCCAUCAGUGCGAGACGUCCAAAAUCCACUGGUUGGCGCAAAACCUCGGGCAGUGUCCACGCUGCGGCCCUGUUGGCGACCUAUAUGCUCGCCUGUGA